AUGUUGUUACUAAUACUUUUGGUCAACACUUUGGCCGAACCACUGCUCAAGGUGGAUGGUAUGGAGCCGAUUGCAAAAAUUCCUCAUUGUAAAAGUUUCACAAGAACAAUUACGGGUGGUGUUCCCACUGACACUCUGACAUGCACUGCUUGUGAAAAUGAAAUGUAUAAACUUAGCGGUGGACAGUGUGUUUAUGAUUCGUCCAAAUGCCCUGUUUCGAAUGAUUAUGUUUACUUAAAAGAUAAUAUAUGUCAGUUCUGUGAUUAUUCUUGCAAUUCUUGCAGCGAAGACGGGGUUUGUACUUGUAAGUUUGGCCUUGAUAAUUCAACAAAAUGCCGUGAAUGUGUUAAUACAUUUACCAGUGGUUCAACUACAAAAUGUUCUUUGUGUACAAAUGGAAUGAGCACUGACACAUCGUUAGAUGCUUGUUCACAGAUUACAGAUGGUCCAGAAGUCCAUGACGGUUCUAAUUGUGCUUUGGCUGGUCUCAAAGAUGGACAACAAAUAUGUCUUCGAUGUUAUGGGAAUUAUUCGUUUGGAACAGAGUCUGGGAAAACAGAACACUGCGCAACAGCAAACCCACUUGUUGAAGGAUGUCUUCGGCAAAACCAAGACAAGUGUUCAAAGUGUGAUAUUGGUUAUUUACUCGUUGAUGGUGAAUGUCAAAAGACUGAUGUUAAUUGUGAUUCAUAUACAUACACUAAUGAAGUCUUGACUUGUAAAACUUGCAGAGAAGGCUAUAAUCUCGAAAAAUCAAAAUGCACAAUUUGUUCAGUUUCUGGAGAUGAACAUGUUGAGUAUGAUUCGUUGUGUGAACUGUUUCCCGUUGAUACUUGUAGUCAAUGCAGCAGAAGGUGUAAAGUCGAAGGUGCAAAAUGUGUACCAACUCAUUGCUCUGAGUUUGAUUCGGAAAAUCGUUGUGUUAUUUGUGAUGAAGGGUAUUAUCAAUUGGGAUAUUCAUGCCAUCAAAUAACAAAUGACGGAUUCUCCGAUUCUAAUACCAAAAAGUGUGUUCCGGGCUAUUACACUGAUUAUGAUACAACUAAAAAAGAAUACACGUGCAAGAAAUGUCCACCACAUUUCGUUGAUUGUUUAACUGAUAAAACACCACUUCCAGGAAGUUCAAUUUUCAAAAACACAAAGCAAACCAAAAGUGAACCAUGUGAUGAUGAAAAUUGUGAACAAUGCAGUGACGAUGGAAAAACUUGUUACAAAUGUCUGGCUAUGAGCGGAAAUUCGGAGGUUGAGAAAAUUUCUGGUGAAUGUGUCAUCAAAGCCACUUUAAUGGCUUUGGAAGUACCAACAAGUGGAGCUCCAUCUGAGAUUAAAAAUUAUCCUGGAAGAUACCCAUUCUGCAGAUAUAAAGGAUUUAAUUCUUAUUUUGAAGAUGUCCAUCCAGCCUAUAAAUUCACCCAAGAUGAAGAAGAUGUUUCAAAAAUUAGAUGCGAUUUGAUCCAUAGAAGAAGUCAUAUGUAUGUCGAAAAGGUUGUUGAUACGACAUCUGGUGAGAAUUCAUAUGAAUGUACAACGGCAGGAAGAGAUCCAUUAAGAUUCUGUCAGUGUAUGAGUGGAUAUUACCAAGAAAACUCAUCAACUGCAUUCCCUUGUAAAAAAGCAAAUGUCAAUUUGAAUUGUCUCGAAACUGCAAAUGGACAACAAUGCACUGUAUGUCCCAAAGGAGCUAAAUUGACUUCCACAGGAGCGUGCAAGUGCACAGACGGAACGUACCUCAAAGGCACGGAGUGUGUGAGUUGCCCAGAAAAGUGUUUGAAGUGUAAUCCAUCAACAACUGACGGAGAAAUACAACCCGUUUGCACUGAGUGUAAACCAGCAGAGUUGAGUGGAAUUGGAAGAGACCCAUCAAACAAAUGUGAGUGUAAGAAAGAUAUGGUUGAAGACGAAACGGUGAUUUCUGUUUGUCUUGCAAAACCAAACGGAUGUAAAAAUUCUAAAGACAGUUACGUAGUAUCUGGAACUAAUAUUAGAUGCGUAAAAUGUGAUGAUGAGCACAAGUUACUUGAUGCUUGUGAAGUUUGUGUAGAAGGAUAUUACAAUACUACUGAAAAUGGAGAAUGUCUAAAAUGUGCAUAUGGAGAAAAUUGUUUGAGUUGUAAUUCAACAAUGUGCACAGCUUGUACUGAUUCAAACGCUGAACUUAAAAAGUCUGAAAGUUCCAAUAAUUAUUGUGAAACGUGUAAACCUGAUUAUGCCUACAAUUCAAAAACCAAAAGUUGCAUGAGAUGUCCUUCUACACCACUGAAUUCAGUUGCACUGCUUGUAAAAACGACAAGCAAACACCCAAAUGUGAAUGCACAAGCGGAGUAUACCCAGACCCGACAACUGGAUUGUGUAUUAAUUGUGAUAAUGCUGCUCAUGGUCUCACUUUCUGUACCGAAGAUUGUUUAUAUGGAGAAGACAUCUACGUCCAUUGUAAAGCUUGUAAAGAAUCAGCAAGAAACCCAUUAA